AUAUAUAGAAUUAGGGUUAAAAAAAAAAAAAAAAAAUUAGUCUCUCUUCUCACGCCUGCGGCCGGACCCCCUCAGAAUUUCUUUUCGUUCGCGCACAGCCCUUCCGUGCGCCGCUCCCUCCGAUCUUCGCUGCCGACUUCUGUGUCUCCUCUGGACCUUCACGCCGCACCCGUUCAGGUCACGCCGCCGCCGUCGGAGUUCGCGUCUCAGAUCUUGAGGUGCAAGUCAGCCGUCCGUUCCGCCGUUCGUGUGCGCCGGUCGCGGGCGUCUCUUCGCCGUUCCAGAUUAGUGUCAUCAUUUGCCACGGUGUGCUGUUCAUGCACGAUCCAGCCAGUUUUCUUUGACCAAGUUCUCACUUCGCCGUGCCAAUUUUGAUCUCUGAAAACUACUCUCUUGAAUUCAGAAAUGUCAGGCAACUACUUUACGCUUGUAUUUGACGUGCAUACGGAACACUCUCGAGGCUGCGAUGUGCCUUCAGAAUUUCCCUUGUCAAGAAGUUGAAAGACACAACAAGCCGGAGGUUGAACUAAAGACCAGCUCAGAACUUCUUCUCAAUCCUAUCUUAAUAUGUAGAAAUGAGUCGGAGAAGUGUUUGAUUGAGACAUCUAUAAACUCUCUCCGUAUCAGUCUCAAGGUUAAGCAGACAGAUGAACUGGAGAACAUCCUAACUAAAAAGUUCCUUCGAUUUCUGUCAAUGAGGGCAGAAGCUUUCCAGGUGCUGAGAAGAAAACCUGUACAGGGAUAUGACAUUAGCUUUCUCAUAACGAACUAUCAUUGUGAGGACAUGCAGAAGCAAAAACUCAUUGAUUUUAUUGUACAGUUUAUGGAGGAUAUUGAUAAAGAGAUUAGUGAACUUAAAAUGUCUGUGAACACUCGGGGAAGGCUUGUAGCAACAGAGUUUCUAAAGCAAUUCAUUUGAUAUCUCUCUCUUAUAAUCUAGGCCCUCAAAGAUUUGUCAAACUUUCAAGACCUUUAACCGGUCGUCUCCAUCUUGAAGCCCGCCCAAACAGGAAAUCCUCGAGAGGCUUGGAUAAAUCACCCUAUUAUGAAUUGAUCAAAGUUUUUGUCUAUAUGGUUUGUUCCUCUUUAAGAUGUAGGUCCAGUGGAUAGGCCUUGAUUGGUUUUCUUUUUCUUUUUCCUUUCUAUAUAUAUAUAUGGACGCUAUGAUAAUUGCAUUUAGUGGGCUCAAUGAACAAUUCAUUACAACGUGGAUUGGGAUUGUUGAGUUCGGAUGGGAAUGAAUAGUUGGAAUAUCCGAUCAAUAUGUCGCUGUAAGUAUUGCCCCUCCUGCAAAGUCUGGACCCAAAAUCUCUUUUGCUUCCUUAAAUCCUUUUCUGUAAUCA